AUGACACGUGGAAAACAUCAACAUCUUGCACCGCCAUCGAAAGUGGCUAAAGUAAAUCGUCUUCGUUUCUUUGGUCAUAUAUUAAGGAGACUGGCAGAUCGUCUUGUUCAACGAGUUCUUAAAAGUUCGUCGGGUUUGAGCUGGAAGAAGCCACCUGGCCGAAAACGGAUGUUCUGGGCUGAGGCGGUGAAAGAGGACCUGAGGACACUCGGCGUGGAUAGGCAGUUCAGGCGAGACGUAAGGUUUCGCAGAAUAUGGAAUAGCGACGAAUGGAUUGAUUCUGUGCAAGCUCUCGCAGAAGAUCGAGAAGGUUGGGCAGAGCUGUGUUCAAAGCACACCUCGGCGAAGAGGCGGGUAAUCGCGUCAGGCGAUGACAUCAGCCCGCCGACAACUGAUGAAUACGAAUUGGACGCGUUUUACGAGGAUCUGGAGGAAGUAAUCCGCAACGAGAAGUUUUCCUACAAAUUCGUUGUCAGAGACUUCAACGCAAAACUAGGAAAGGCCACAGAAGAGGAACACAGGAUUGGAAGAUUUGGACUACGGGACCGGAAUGUAAAUGGCAAUCGUCUCGCCGGGCGGUUGUCUGCCGCUCGCCUCUUUCAUGGGGACUCUCUUUUCAUGAAAAAAGAUCAUCGUCGGUGGACAUAG